AUGUUACCUAUAAUGUGUAUCGCACGGAGCGGGGUGUCCUUCCCGACGGUUGCAUGUGCGGUGUUGGCGAUGCUGGUGAGUGUCCUGUCGCUGGUGACGGGUGCCCACUGGGACCAUGCAAUCUUCCUGGACGACGACUAUCGGCUGCUGUGGAGCAUCACCGGCCAGGACAUCACGUUCGAGGUACAGGUCCGUACCCACGGUUACGUUGGUUUGGGGUUUUCAAAGGACGGUACCAUCUACGGUGCGGACAUGGUCAUCGGCUGGGUCGACCAGGGCCAGGUACACUUUCAGGAUCGACACGUGAAGAAGCAUGGCAAUGGUGAACCGUUGGUCGAUUCCUCGCAGGAUUACGUGCUGCUCCUGGGCUACGAGAACCAAACGCACACUGUGCUGCGUUUCAAGCGCAAACUGGACACGUGUGACGUGGCGUACGACGUACCAAUCACGAACGAUACGAUGCGUGUGAUCUACAUGUACCACAACAAGGAACCACACACGGCCGGCAGCCUUCCCGACCCGGUCGAAGCGUUCAAGCAGGCCCGCUCACUCUUCCUAACCCAGCGGAUCAACCAGGCACCGCUCAAACCGGAUCCACGGCUCCGGACGAUGGAGUUGCUCAAUCAGGACGUAAACUUGCCGCAGGGUGACGGCACCCUGCACUGGUGCAAGAUGUUCAAGCUGAACGAUAUCAAUCGCAAACAUCAUCUGAUUAGGUACGAGCCGGUGUUUGAUUCCGGUACGAGUGCAUCCUACGUCUAUCACAUGAUACUGCACGAGUGUCAAGGCUCGUCACCGGAGCUGGAAAUUAUGUCACGUGAAAAUGGUUGCCCGUGCUAUCGGGCGGAUAAAUCGAUUCUGACCUGCAACUCCAUAGUGGCGGCAUGGACGCGCGGUUCCGAGGGCUUUUCCUUCCCCAGUCAAGUCGGUUAUGCGCUCGAGUCGAAUCAGGCGCGGUUCUAUCUGAUGGAGACACACUACAGCCUAUCCGCCAAUGAGUACACCUGGCCGCCGAAACCGAAGGCAAUGGUGGACAACUCGGGUCUUCGAUUGUUUUACACCAGCACGCUCCGAGGACAGGACGCGGGCGUCCUUUCGGUCGGAAUGGAUCCGAACUGGAGGCAUAUCAUCCCACCGGGGCAAGAACACGUCGUCUCCGAGGGUCACUGUGUGGGUGAGUGCACACAGCGAGCAUUCGCACGGGACGGUGUUCACAUCUUCGCCGUCAUGAUGAGGACGCAUCAAAUAGGACGUCAGAUCAAGCUGCGCCAAAUCCGCCAACGAGAGGAGCUGCUGCCGAUCGCGCAUGAUCGCAACACCGACUGGAACUAUCAGGAAUACCGGCGAUUAUCUGCACCGGUGCGAGUCCUACCGGGCGAUCGUCUAAUAGCGGAAUGCAUCUAUGACAGUUCGGCCCGGGCCGCUAUCACACUCGGUGGGUUAACAACGCGGGAAGAAACCUGCCUAGUGUUGGCACUGUACUACCCCCGGCAGAAAGAACUCACCACGUGUCACUCACUGCCGAGUUUACCCACCGUCAUAAACUCGCUCGGCAUCAAUGAGCUAGUGCCAGGAUCCAACCCGGUGCGGAUCGCAUCACCACCCGAGCUGUCCGGGAUGACCCUCGAGACGCGCUUGAUUUCGUACGACUGGCGAAACAAUUUCCGCAGCUUCCAGUACGUCACCAGAAGAGGAUCGUUUAAACCGUUGUGCUGGAGCGCCAAGAAUCAACCAAUGCCGGGGACGGAAAAUCUGGAAGGGUUCGCACCGAACAUCACCAAAUCGUACAAGCUGAUCAGAUCGUGCAGCUUCGUUGGAAGUACGAACGUCGCCAACGUGUUCUUCCAGAACCGGAACCGCUACGUGACGGAGUCGGAGACAAACGUCGACCUGACCGGGGUCGAUGGUGACGAUGACGAUAUCGAUAGCAACAACGUGAUAGAGGGUGCCGCCCGGAGUAAGGUGUCCCGCAGCUCCGUCACGGAGUCGAUGGGUUUGAGCGGUGGACCAGCCACGUUCCGUCCAUUGGCCAUCGCAACGAAAAUGAUUGCAUCUCUGCUCUUCAUCAUCGUGCUCAACUCAUUCCGGAUAGCGACGACGUAG